UAUAACAACCGCUGCUUUUUUCAUGUUGUGAAACAUCCGGGGGAAAUAUCCACAUCAAAUUCCCAGAAUAUUAAAAUGGCCCCAUACAUUGGUCCCAAACCAUGUUUGGUAUCUGUUCACGGGGAGCCAGGAGAGGAGGAACAGUGGAAAGAAGAAGAAGGAAAAAGGAAAAGAGAGUCCUCUUUUGAGGGUGUCAGAAAAGGGCGUGUGAAAGAAAUCCAGCUAUAUCCUAAGAAGAUAGGAGGGUUGAGGAAGGAUGGGACAGGUCGGCACCACUUGCCAGUCAAACAAAUAGCCACUGAGUCUAACUGUCCCAGUGGACGAGCAGAGAUAAGAGCAGGAUACUGCCAUGAGCUGGAUCGCUGGAAGAGGCUGGCUUUUGGUCCUGCUCUGGGAACACGCAGCAUGGCAAGAUGGAGACAAAUAUCAGGAACUGUGUUACAACAUCCUCAUAUACCCAGUAUACACUACAAGCAGAAGACACGGACUUCCACAGCAACACACAACAACACACAGAGGCCAGCGAGCACCAAGACGAAGACACUUCCCCCUGAGAACACCAACACUAAUCGAAAAACUCACGCUACACCCCACACAUGCAUGCACACCCCAGUGUCCACCACACACACCACCAAAAAAGCAGGGAGUCAGAGAGCCUUUUGCAUUAAUGCACACAGCAAUCCGCACUGUGCAGUAGAAUCACAGAGACAACAACAAAAGACCAAACGCACAUUGUCUACAUGUACACAUGACAAACCAGCCCAGGACCUACACACACUCAAAAAGGUCAAAUGCACACCACCCACUCAGCUGGCAGAAGCACGUUCCCCACACCCUUCCCAAACUCCAGCAAAGACAAUAAGUCCGAGGAACACUGACAUACCCACACGGGCAAGAAAAGAGAGAUAUGAGCAGAGGUAUGUGAAGGGUGAGCUGAUAGGAAAUGGCGGCUAUGGGAGUGUCUAUGCUGGAUUCAGGAAGUCAGACAACCAACCAGUGGCAUUGAAGUUUAUGGAUCAGCUGAAAAUUAAGAUGUGGGCUAAGAUGUUAGAAAAUGAGGAUGCACUACCACUGGAAAUUGCUCUGCUGCGUCAUGUAUGUCGCUCGCCCAGGUGCAAAGAGGUGGCCCAACUGCUGGACUACUAUUGGUUCCCAGGGCCAGAGGGGGUGGGAGUUUAUCUCCUGAUUCUAGAGCGCCCAAUCCCUUGCAUGGACCUCUUUAAUUACAUGCAGGAAGAGAAAGGCUACCUAGAAGAAGGGAUGGCACGUCAAGUGAUGAAGCAGGUAGUGUCAGCGCUGCAACACUGCCACUCUAGGGGCGUGGUGCACAGGGACCUGAAGCCAGAAAAUAUCCUCAUACAGAUGACCAAUUACAAUGUCAUGCUGCUAGAUUUUGGCUCUGCUUCUGUACUCAAAGAAGGGCCCUAUACAGAAGUGGCAGGAACUCCAGAGUAUUUUCCUCCUGAGACUGUGCUGAAAGGGGAGUAUUUUGCCUUACCAGCCACUGUGUGGUCACUGGGGAUACUUCUGUUCCAGAUGGUGUGGGGUGAUGUUCCCUUCUACAAUGAUGCCAGCAUUGCCAAGGCAACUAUUUACUUCCCACGUGGAAUAUCCAGAGAUUGUCGUCACCUGAUUCGCAGAUGUCUAGCUGUGUGUCCUCAUGACCGACCAACUUUGGAACAGAUCCAAGAGCACCCAUGGAUGCAAUAAAACUACACAAGAGUUCAACCACCUUUCAUACAAUUAUUCAUGAAGCCAAACAAUAAACAAUAUG